AUGGAAAUUACCGAUUCAAAAGCUUUAAAAGACGUAUUGUUUUUACUCAAUAGCACACACACAAAUGCUAAACAAUUUUAUGACAUGAUGGUUUCAAAUAAGACUGCAAUUAAUAUGAGUGAUUCUGAUGAGGACUUAAUGAAUAAUAUGUAUAAUGCAUUGUUUCAGUGUUUUGGGAUCAUUAUUACAGGGUAUUUGUCAGGGCGAUUGGGCCUGGUUAGUCAUGCUGCUGGUAUUGGCUUAAAUAGAUUUGUUGGAACAUUUGCUUUACCAUCACUUAUAUUUGUUAAUAUGGCUGUGUUAGAUUUAUCAUCUGUAAAUUUGGUUUUUUUGGGAUCGUUACUCCUAUCUAAAACUUUAGUAUUUGUAUCUGUUGCUUUAAUUACUGUAUUAGUUACAAGACCUCAGGAUAUAGCUAGGGCUGCUCUAUUUGCUAUAUUCUGUACCCAGAGCAAUGAUUUUGCUAUUGGAGCACCAAUAUUUGAAGCACUCUACAGGCAUCAACACAGUGAAUUUGUUCAAUACCUUUAUCUUGUUGCUCCUAUUAAUUUAAUAAUCCUAAAUCCAUUUGGUUUUGCAAUGAUGGAAUUAGGCCAAGAAUAUAAUCGCCAUGAAACUACAAGACGUUCUGCUUUAAUGGGACGAAUUUCAAGAAAUAUUAUUUGUAAUCCUGUCGUGUUUAUGACAGCUUUAGGGUUGAUAGCUAAUUUAGUAUUUAAUCACGACCCACCUAAAAUAAUUACAACUUUCUUAGGAACUUUUGGUAAUGCAUUUACUGCUACUGCAUUGUUUCUGCUUGGUUUACGGAUGGUUGGAAACAUCAAUAAACUCAGAGGAGAAGCUUUAAUUUUACCAUUACUUCUAAUUGCUGCUAAAUUAAUAGUUUUGCCAUUAGUGAUAAGAGAACUUACAAGUAUUUUUUUGGGAAAAUUUGGUACUGUAAGUGCUGAUGAUAGCCUUGCCUUUUCAAUGUUUGGAUUUUUAUAUGGAAUGAUUCCUUCUGCACCAGCUGUUUUUGUUUAUGCAUCAGCAUAUAAUCUUGAAAUGGAUUUGAUUGCUAGUUCAAUGGUAUUGUGCGUAUUCUUCUCAGCUCCAAUUAUGUUUUUAACUGCCAAGAUAAUAUCUGUAGCCAAAUUAGAUCCAUCAAAUAAUAUAACAGCUUUAAAAGGGUAUCAAUUCGAUGUUAGUAUACUCGCCAUCCCUGCAUCUUUUUGGAUUAUCUUAGUUAUGUUAAAAAAACUAAAAAGUUUACCAUUCAAAGUAGUUUUUUGUUUAGUAAUUUCACAGGUAAUUUCAUGUACUGGAGUAUUACUAGAGUACUUAUCAGAAACUCCAAAAUCGCAUCCCUUAACAUACAUUCAACUUAUGUUGAGUAUAGCUGGUGAUAUGAGUUGUUACAUUUGGACUGCAUGCUUAGCUUUUACUUUGCUAAUAAUGCACAAGCCAUUUACUGAAGAAUUUCAAAAUAAAAUUAUUUACUUCUACAUGAUAAUAUCUUGGGGUGUACCAAUAUUGUUGGUUUCUGUGCUGAUGUUAACUUGCCAGCCACCAUUGUUUAUUAAAUCAGAUUUCGAUCAAAAUUAUGUGUAUGGAACUCCAGAAGCUGCAACACUUACAAUGAUUCUCCUUUUAUCAAUAAUUUGCACUAUUGUUUGUUUAGUUUUGCACCAACGCCAAAAGCAUAAAAUAAUUAGACCAAAAGUUUAUUCAGAAGUUGUAAAUGAUGUACAAGGUACAUCCAAGCAUUUUGUAGACUCUCAUAGUAUUGACACAGACGAUUUUAAACAAGGCCUCCUCUAUGAAACUGAAACAAAUUUUAUGGAUAAUAAUGAAUAUAUUAAACAUUUUCUAUUACUUAUUAUGCAAGCAGUUGCAAUGUUUGUUACAUUCUCUGUGGCCAUUUGGAGAAUAUUUGGUGAAACAAAUGGAUUGUACCUUGAAUUAGCAUACUCUGAAACUUCUUUAAUGAGAGGACAAUCAAUUUUCACGUUGUUGAUUUAUGGUAUUAAUUAUCAAUCCAUUAAUAGACCGAUUGUGCGAACAUGGAAUAAAUUUUGGUGGGGAGGAUCACCAAUCGAGUGUCCAUCAUGGGAAGAACUUCCAUAUGAUACAAGAAAAACAUGUGAUAACUUUAUGUACAAGCAUAGAGAAAAGUGUUUGGCAGAAAUUACUCAUCUUACAAGAUGGAAACUGUGGAAGUAUAAGAAAACAUUUACUGGCUCUGAGCUUGUAUCAUGGUUAGUGGAGAACAAUAUUUGUUCAAAUCGAGAUGAUGCAUUAGCAUAUGCUGUUAAGUUGUGGAAUGGACAAAUAUUAAGACAUUUAAAUUGUACUGAGCAUUUUGAAGAUGUACCAGAUAUAUUGUAUACAUUUAAUCGCCGCUAAUUUUUACUACUUAUGUAUUAAUUUUGGUGAUUUAUAAAUAAUCUCCA